CAAAAAUGGCUAGAACCAAGCAAACAGCAAGAAAGUCCACUGGUGGUAAGGCCCCAAGAAAGCAAUUGGCUUCCAAGGCCGCCAGAAAGUCCGCUCCAUCUACCGGUGGUGUCAAGAAGCCUCACAGAUAUAAGCCAGGUACCGUCGCCUUGAGAGAAAUCAGAAGAUUCCAAAAGUCUACUGAACUUUUGAUCAGAAAGUUGCCUUUCCAAAGAUUGGUCAGAGAAAUCGCCCAAGACUUCAAGACCGACUUGAGAUUCCAAUCCUCUGCCAUCGGUGCUUUGCAAGAAUCCGUCGAAGCCUACUUGGUCUCCUUGUUCGAAGACACCAACUUGUGUGCCAUUCACGCCAAGAGAGUCACUAUCCAAAAGAAGGAUAUCCAAUUGGCCAGAAGAUUGAGAGGUGAAAGAUCCUAAGUGGUCGGUGUCGGGAACAAACUUCAAUUCGUAUUCUGAUUCUUUUCAAUGUUUAUUUUGUAUAACGACUGUAUAUUAGUAUUAAUGUAUUAAUCAUGAGAUUAUCUUUG